CCGCAGUCUCCACGUCCAACAUCCAAGACACGUUUAAUUCGCAAGGCACAGAAACGCAUCCUAGGACAGCGGCGCUGCAAACCCCAUAUCCGCGUUGCCAAGGCCCAAGGGGAACCACCACCGUACCGGAGAGUUGAGAUGAGCGGCGGCGGAGCGAUGGCGGCGGCGGGAGAGGAGGUGCCGAACAAGAUGGUGAUCCUGAAGCGCUACGUGACGGGGUUCCCGUCGGAGGACGACAUGGAGGUGGUCACCGGCACGGCGCACCUGGCCGUGCCGCCGGGGUCGGCGGCCAUGGUCGUCAAGAACCUCUACGUCUCCUGCGACCCCUACAUGCGUGGCCGCAUGACCAAGCACGACCGCCCCAGCUACGUCCCGGACUUCGUCCCCGGGGAGGUUUUGGUUAACUUUGGUGUCGGCAAGGUGAUGGCAUCUGGGCAUCCGGAUUUCAAGGUUGGGGAUCUUGUGUGGGGCAUGACUGGAUGGGAGGAGUACACUCUCGUCCCUAAACCGGAAACGUUUUUCAAGAUCAAUCACCCUGAACUGCCUCUGUCGUACUACACAGGUGUUCUUGGCAUGCCCGGCCUUACUGCUUGGGCUGGAUUUUUCGAUGUGGGCAAGCCUAAGAAAGGUGAUUACGUCUUUGUGUCGGCUGCAUCAGGCGCCGUUGGUCAGCUUGUUGGGCAGCUUGCUAAGCUCACGGGCUGUUAUGUGGUUGGCAGUGCUGGUUCUGACGAGAAGGUUAACCUUCUGAAAACCAAGUUUGGCUUCGAUGAGGCAUUCAACUACAAGAAAGAGCAGGACCUCGAUGCCGCCUUGAGGAGGUACUUCCCUGAGGGCAUCGACAUCUACUUCGAGAAUGUGGGUGGCCAAACACUAGAGGCCGUGCUGGACAACAUGCGCGUGCACGGGCGGAUCCCCGUGUGCGGUAUGAUCUCGCAGUACAACCUUGAGCAGCCGGAGGGCGUGCACAACCUCUUCCAGGUCGUCGCCAAGCGCCUGCGCAUGGAGGGCUUCAUGGUCUUCGACUACUUCAACCAGUACUACAAGUUCGAGGAGGAGAUGGCAGGGUACCUCAAGGAGGGGAAGGUCAGCUACGUCGAGGACGUCGCUGACGGGCUGGAGAAGGCGCCGGCGGCGCUCAUUGGGCUCUUCACCGGGCGCAACGUCGGCAAGCAACUGGUUGCCGUCGCACGGGAGUGAGUGCUGGGCAUCCUUCUGAAUACUGCCUGAGCGUUCAGAGAUAGGCGUGCUGGGAACUGAUGGUUUGUGGUGCUUAUGGUCGCAUCUGCUUAUGUUAGAAGUUUGUGUGGGUUCAGGUUGUAUAUUGCUUUUUGUAGAAGAUGAAACAUUGGUUUCUACAAUUGAAAAUAAUUCAAAUGCAUGACCAUAUCACUGAAAAUUCUACAGAACCCUUUUGUA